UUCUACAGGAAGACGCAGUUUCCAGACGGACCGCAUUCAAUGACGGACCGGAAGCGAUAGUUCCCAUGCCAUAACUGGUUUUAUUGGUUGCAGUUUUUAUUUAUUUUAUUUUUUAUUCUGCUGCCCUGUCUUUCAGUCGCCGGCCAUGUUCUGUAAGGCGUUCAGAGUGAAGUCACACAGUGCCUUGAAAAGCUCGGACAGGAAAAAGUUGCGAGGAGACCUUAGCUCCACAUUUCCUUCACUGACUGCUGAAAAGCUUGCUGAACUAAUGCCACCCAAAGAAGACUUGACCGUUGCUAAAGUAUUUGUCCACAAAGGAGAUGCAGUGUCAAUCUACGUCCACAACAGGAAUCCUAUCAUAUUUGAACUAGGAAAAAAUUUCUACCCAACAGUUUACACUUUAUGGCGCUAUCCAGAUCUUCUACCAGUGUUCACCACCUGGCCACCUGUAUUUGAAAGAAUGUCUGGCGGUGCAGAUUUGAUGCUGCCUGGCAUUUUGAUGUCAUCUUUUGGUUUACCUGAGGUACAGCAGGGCACCGUAUGUGCAAUCACCCUAGUGGGAAACAGGGCUCCUGUGGCAAUAGGUGUGGCCACUAUGUCUACAAAAGGCAUGCUGGCUUCAGGAAUGAAGGGCAAAGGUUUUAACAUUUUGCACACCUAUAAAGAUCAGCUUUGCCCUGAAGGACAGCAAGUGGAUAUUAAAAAGUCUAGCUACAAAAAGCUGUCCAAGUUUCUACAGGCCAUGCAGCAACGUAACAUCUUGCAGGUGAAGGAGCUUAGUAAAGGGGUAGAGAGCAUUGUUGAAAUACACUGGAAGCACCCAGAUGUGAUAUCAUUUGUUGCUCCAGAAACUGUUCUUCCAUUAGAGACUUGUGAAACAUCAGAUGGUGGUCGAAAGCAGCCUUAUCAGCCUCCCGAAAUCCUCUCUUUGUAUGGAAUCAAUGCGAAAAUGCUUCCUUUGUUCCAAGCAUCGGGGCACAGGAAGGGUGACCUGCUCACUCCGAAUGAUGUCCGAAGUGUCAUCAUAACAUAUGUGAAGACCAAUGAGCUGGUUCAUUCUGAUAACAAAAACUUUGUAACAGUUGACCCUAUUAUAUGUGACUGCUUGCUGAAUGCAUCUGAAAAAUAUGACCUCCUCCUUCUCAAGUGGGAUGAUUUAGUUACAAGGUGCUUGGAAAGAAUGCAACCUUCACAUAGAGUUUCCUUCCCUGGAAGCUCUCCCGUUGUCCGUAAGGGAAAUAUUGAGGCCAUUGAUGUCGCUGUGGCACAGAGGGGAUCAAACAAGAAGGUUACCAUCAUCAAGAACCUGGAGCUUUAUGGCCUAGAUCCUGUUUCAGUUGGCAGCUUAUUACAGCAAAGAGUUCAGGCAAGCUUCUCCUGUACAGUCCUCCCUGGAACAAAAGACAGAGUACAGGUGCAGAUUCAGGGCAAUCAAGUGUCACAAACUGGAAAGUUGUUGGUUGAACAUUUUAAGAUUCCUCGGAAAUACAUAAAUGGCCUAGAUCUGGCUGGGAAAGCUGGCAAGAAGAAAUAAGUUCAAAACUUGUACCCAAUUUUAAUGUGGACAUGAUUUUUUUUUAAGUCUGAACAAGUAGAGACAGCAGACAUUACGAUGGCAUUAGUGAACUAAACACCAGUAUGUAUGAGCUCCAGAUAGUUUUGAGAUUGCACACCAGUUGUAAGAAAACAUUUGUGGCCCUUUAGGAGUUGCUUGAGUUUUUGUGAAUGACUCCUGGAAUGCAAUCUGGUCCUUAUCUAAGUGAUAAGAUAACAGUAAUAAAAGACAAUAUUUAUUAAAGCAUCUGUGACUUUUAUCUACAAGAUAUGGGAGAAGAGGGAGAUUUUGAUACUGAUAGUUACAGUGUAUGACAAGGUCAGUGUUGGCGGAUAGGUUUAGGCGCAUAAAUGUCAGGGUAAGUCUAAAGCCUAGUACACACCAGGAGUUUUUUUUUUUUCCCUUCCAACCUCAGACUGAACGAUAAAAAAGAUGUUCAUGCAGCAAUCUCCCCCCGCUGUGCCUUUUCAGACUGCUCUCCUCCUCCCCCCCCCCCCCCCCCCCACAGCUUUUUUAGCACAGACGGCUGUACACAUGGGCUGAAAGUGGACAGUUCUUGCUGCACCCUCCGAUUUUCAGCCAGUGUGUACAAAUCUUUAGUAUUCAGGUUAAGUUGGAAGGGUUACAUUUUAAAGUAACCUUGUUAUGUGGGAAAUAUGGAGUCAGCCAUUGCUGAAAGGUGCUAAAUGCUUGACUUUUGUGUUGACCACCUGGCUUCUAUGCAAAUCACAAAAGUCAGAGAAAAGUCAUAAAGUCUUAUUUGCAUAAGUAUUCCAGAUCUGUGACUCACAGUAUUAGAGCGCUAGUAAACAGCCAAAAAAAAGGGUCUCCUGCAGGUCUAAGCCAUAAUGUGCUAGUAUGUGGUGAGGAGCCUGGUGCUUUCAUCUUCACUAUUUCUUCUGGGUUCAUGGGCUCCAGCUGUUUGAAUGGCUGGGGCCACGAUGACCAUACUCCCACACGUGCCCUUGCCGCAGCGUGACGCUCUGCAUUCAACGGCAUACUGCGUGACCUGAAUGCAGAGCAUCACUGCGCAUGCGCGGGUGACGUCUUCCGCUAUUGCUGAUGUGAAUAUCUCCUAAACAGUGUACGUUUUAGGAGAUAUUCCUUGUACCUACAGGUAAGCAUGGUUGUAAGUGAAGAGAAGGGUGGCUUUGCUACCACUUUUAAAGGAAAAAGCUCAGUGUGAGAGCCAGGUUACUAAAAUUUUCAGUAGACAACAACGGCUGGUCAAUAUAUUGCAAGGAUUUUAGCCAGUUUUUAUUUAAACUUACACCUGCUUCUGUUUGACCGACGCAGAUUCAUCUGACUUCAUACUUCUUUAGUUGAAGGGUCUGCAUGCUGUAGUCGCAUGAUGAGAUAAUCUAUGAACUUCAGAUUUAAUACAGAAGAAAAAGUGCAGGCAUGUGAACACUGCAUCAAAAUUUACAUUAAGAAACACAUUGCAUAAAUAAUGCAAUUUAUGUGCACAGUGAAACUAUGCUGUAUUUCCCUUUUAAUUAUUCCCAUGUUGGAGGUUCGAUUUCCAAUAUUCUGCUCAAGUAUAAAUCUGUAAAUUGAAAUCACUAAUGCAUCUUGCUAUUGUCUAUUAUCUGGGGCAAUGAGUUAAUAAAGCUCAGGAGCUACAAAACUCUUUUGCUACCUAUUCUUCCCUGAUGUAUCUAUCCAAUUACUGUAAUGUGUAUGUUUAAAUCCAGUUAAAUGUAUAGUUUUUCAAUG